AUGUCUGCUCUACCCACAUCAAUCAAGGAGAAAACGCAUCAUAGCAUAUCAAAGGAGAGCAAGGGGAAAAGACCUGAAAACACGUUGGAUGUCGAUGUUGAUGGUGAGCCGGUGAACGGUAUCGAAAGAGAUACAACUUAUCAUGAUAAGCAAGGAAAAUCAAAACUCCAGAUCACGUCGCUUAUUGGCCUGCUUAUGAUAAUAGUAAUCACAUUUUCGACGUUAUUGGGAUCUUUCAACGGAUCAGAUUCGCCCCAAUGUAGAUCAAUCUACAUGUAUCCUGCCUACGCCAGGAUUGAUGGAUUUGAUUCAAGGUUUACAAGCUUAGCCCAGAAGUAUCACUUAUACCUUUACAGAGAGCAGGGGAAAGAUAGGAACCCUAUGGAAAAUGAAGAGAUUCAGCUUGAUGGGAUUCCAGUUCUCUUUAUACCCGGAAAUGCCGGAAGUUAUAAACAGGUCAGAUCUAUUGCUGCCGCUAGCAGUAACAUAUUCUUUGAAGAUAAAGAGAGCAUUGAAAAUAUGUACACGAAGAAUCUAGAUUUUUUUGCAGCUGACUUCAAUGAAGAUUUCACAGCAUUUCAUGGCAGAACCAUGAUAGAUCAAGCCGAAUACCUCAAUGAUGCUAUACGUUAUAUCCUAUCGCUAUACGAACAAUCAAAAAGUUAUAUUGAUCCACUUCCUACUUCAGUGAUAGUGAUUGGUCACUCAAUGGGAGGCGUCGUUGCUCGCCUUUUACCCACUUUGCAGAAUCAUGUGGACUAUUCUAUCAGAGCGCUGAUUACUCUCUCAUCACCUCAUGCAUUAGCCCCUGUAACAUUUGAUGGGGAUAUUUUGAAAAUAUAUCAACGAACUAAUGAUUAUUGGCGUAAUCAAAUGAACGACAAGAGCUCCUUCCUUGCCCAAAAUGUUUCAUUGGUUUCUAUUACUGGCGGAAUCUUGGACAUGAUGCUGCCUGCCGAUUAUACAGCAGUUGAAGACAUUCUGCCCAUCGAAAAUGGGUUCACCACCUAUUCAACAACAAUUCCUGAGGUUUGGACGCCAAUAGAUCAUUUAGCAGUUGUCUGGUGUGAUCAGCUGAGAAGUAAGGUGGCAAGAUUAUUACUUGAGAUAGUUGAUGGAACAACCGCUGAAAAAGUGCGACCUCUCCGCCAGAGAAUGUUCGUGUCUAGAAAAAUGCUUCUCUCUGGCCUGGAAGACGAAAUGAUGCAAGACCUUGAGCUAAUAGAUCCAAAAAAAUACUCCGAGGUAUAUGAGUCGCAGGACUUCCGUGAAGCUUACGACCUCAAAGGUUCACAGCGACUUUCAAUUUCCAGAUCUAACAAGAAUCAGUUUCCAAGAUACUCGAAAUUCAUAUUGCCAUCUGAUGGACAGAAUACAACAUUUUCCUUUCUUACGUCUUUGCAAGAGCCACAAGUUUUCUUUUGUAAACUGAAUCAACAGCUUGAAGAGGCCACGCACUCGAAGUCAAGCAUGAACUGCGUAUCCGCUUUCCAUGACAUGGCCACUGUUCCCGCUUCUUCCAGUGAUCUAGAAUUUCCUGCGCAAUCUUCCUUAGAUGACGUUACGCAUCCUUUCAAGAUGCUCAGCAUCGAUAAAAGGAUAUUAUCCCAGUACGACUUUAUUGUGGUAGAGAACAAAAAAGCGGCAAUUCAAAAUGAUCAAGACUUUAUUUACGCAGGACUGACGUCUGACAAAAUUUCAACUGAUGUUAGUGAAAGACCGGUUCAGCUAGUUUUCUCUGGUAUGCAACUCACCCUCAAUUCAAGCUUUUUAUAUCACACUUUCAGAUUUCCCAAGCUAUGGGAUUCGUUGUUGUCUUACAGGGUUUCCUGCUCAUCUAAAGCAUAUACAAGCGAUAGACUAAUCUUCGAGCCGCUUAUCAGGCAAUGGAUCGAAGAUCCCUUCGAGACGAAAUGGCACGUCAACAUCAACAAUUCAGAUAUUGACAUAAAUAUGCACAACGUUGCUCCGUUCAUACCACUUGAGGAAUUGCACGAUAAGUCACUAAUGCUAACUGUCAUCGUACCACCCAACUACGGUCUUGAACUUUGUGUGCGUAUUAAUUGGACAUUGACAUUGAAAAUGCUAUUCAUUAGGUACAGGCUAACCUUUUUAUCUCUGCCAAUUUCUCUCGCCUGCAUUAUAGUUGCUUAUCAGUUCUUCAACUAUCGCCAAACCAGAGAAUUCAUUACUUUCAAUUCUGCUUUAGCUAGUGUUUUGAAGAGAGGUUUAGUUUUGGCCCUGGCGAUAAUUCUGUUGUCCCCCGCUACCAACUCGAAACCCUUACAGCGGAUACUAUUCAUGUUAGAUCCGAUCCGUCUGAAUCAACCGUUCUUGCUGGAAGAAGAACAUAUUCAUACCAACUUUUAUUUUCUAGGAAUACGAAGUUGGUUUAUGUCACCGCUUGGCCUCUUCUUCAUGGUUAUGUCUGUGGCUAUUCUAUACCUUAUCGCCAGUAUUUUCGAUUUUAUCGAAAGCCUUGUUAUCGCCAUAUCAGUCAGAUUUGCCGCUUCUGCCAUACGUAAUGAAGUGAGAUUGAAAGACCGCCCAUCUAUCAAUAAGCCACGAAGAACUAUAACAAGUUUUCUGCUGAUUGGAAUUGUUUUCUUUUAUGUUCCUUACCAGAUAGCCUCUGCAGUGAGCUUGCUGAUACAAAUUGGAACCUGCUUCAGGGUAGCCAUUAAAUCAACUAGAUCUGGGUUUAAAAAUUACGAUAAUCUAAGGAAUUACAACUUUUCAGUCUUUUUGAUCCUAUCAUUUGUGGUUGCAAUAAAUGCCCCAAUUAUAGUUGUAUUUUUGCAUAAUGUUGCCAUUAGAUGGGAAACACCAUUCAGAUCCCACCACAAUGUAUUGGCAAUUGCUCCUAUUAUUUUCUUGGUGAGCACAAAUUCUGCUUUCAACAUGCCGCUUUUCAAAUCUGGGAAGUUUUACGAGAAUGGCAUCAGCGCAAUAUUGUUUGGCUACACAGGGGUUUUCUGCCUGAUAUAUGGUGCCAGAAACCUGUACUGGAUACACCACCUCUUCAACAUAACAUGCGCCUGGCUUCUCUUAACCAUUUUUUCGAAUAAUGCUCAGACAGACAAUGUAGAUAAAGCAAAGAUCACUCAGGCAUAG